UUCAUGUACUAGUCUCCUUAUUGAUUUGUAAUAAUGAUUUUAUUUAAGCAAAAAUUUAAUAUGCCUGUAUCAUUCAGAUGAUUAAGUGUCAAAUCAAAUUUAAAUGACAACAACCAAAACAACAGAAUGUAUCCUGAAUCCAUCCAUACAAAUUUGAGCAGACCUCAUACACCUUGGAAUCAAAAUGGACCACAGGGACAGUAUUAUAAGGGAAAUAACCCUGGCCAGGCUAGGUGGCAACAACGGAGUACGAAUACCUUCCAAAAUGAAGAAUUAAAAUUUUGGUGUGAAACCUGUGAUAAAGGCUUCAGAUUCGCCAAUCAUCUGGAAAAUCAUAAACUUCAACACCAAAAAUGUAACAUAGAUGGUUGUCAGUACGUAGCUCAUCCAAAAGUUAUUACAAGACACAUUCAAAUGCAACAUUCCAGUGGUUUGUUUAAAAAGAUAUCAAAAUUAAAUAACCCAGAGGAAAUAAAAAAAUGGAGGGAAGAAAGAAGGAUGAAAUACCCAACAAAAGAAAAUAUUGAGAAGAAAAAAGCUGAAAUUAAUGAGAGAAUUAAAAGAGGUGAAAAAAUGGGAUUGAGACAUGAAAAAGGCAAGAAGAGAAGUGACAAAAAAGAUUUUGCAAAUAAAAGAAAACAAAACGUAGCAGGACCAAAAGUCAAUGGUAAGAAAAGAAAAUGUAAAUUUGAUGUGACAAAACAACAUGAGCAAAAUAAGAAAAUAUGUAAAGAAAUGCCUCCUACAGAAGAAAAAAGAACAUUAAAACCAUUUGCCGGCAUUCGGCUCUUAUAUGAAGAUGAGCAAGAAGAGAUUACAGAGGUAACAACAAAUUCUCUUAUAGAAGAUGUUGAUGAAUUUGUAGAAAAAAUUGUAGAAAACAAAGAAAAGAAAUCUGAACCUACAAUAUGUGGGGCUUUAACAUCUUUGAUGUGCCAAUACGGCUCUUCUGAUGAAGAAGAAUUCAUAGAACAUAACACAAAAUUAAUAUCAAAUCAUAACAUUGAAUCUGCAAGUACAACAAUGAUCGAAAACAAUAUUGAUAGCAAAUUAAAUGGCAAUACUAAACUGAAUAUGGAUAAAAACAAUCCAAAUGAAACAUUUACAAACAAAGAAAAAGUCCUGGAGAGUGAUAACGACAGUGGGCCAGAAGAAAUGAGCAUAGUAAAGAAUGAAAAUAGUACAGUACCUAUCCAAACCAAAACAAAAAGCAAAGCCAAGAAUAAAAAAAAUAAUUUGCCAAAACCCAACCAAUCUAGACACAUGAAUUCAGUUCAAAAGAAAAGAAAACUCCCUUCAACCCUCUUAGAAAAAUUACUACACAAGGAAAUACACAAUGAAAGAAACAUAAUUCUUCAAUGCAUUAGACAUAUAGUUGAUAACAACUUUUUUGAUAAUCAAAAAUAAAAUUAUUAUAUACUUUA